GCGGCAUCCUGGUGCCCUCGGGGAUUCCUCGGGAGCAGUGCGAGAGAGCCCCUCCCGGCUGCCCUCCGCCGGCGCGUCCCCCCGUCUGCUGACCCCUGGCUGUCCCCCUCCGAAUCGAUGCGCGGACGUUCAUAAAGGUGCGCAGACCCUGGGGUCGCCAUUCCCUCGCCCGUCUGCGCUGUUCCGCUGCUGUUGGCGUGAUAUCUGAGCUUGCUGUUUGCUGACCAUGAGUUUGACUAGUAGGCCGCUGCAUGAUGGGUGGAGCUUCACCCAGGUUGGGGAUGGACCGCGGGAGGCCGUGAAGGAAGGCGAGUGGUUACCCGUGCAGACGUUCCCGACGACGGUGCAUGUGGAGCUCCUCAAGACGGGCAGGAUUCCGGACCCGUUCAUCGGGCUGCAGGAAUGGGAUGUGCAAUGGAUCGGCGAGGUGCCGUGGGCUUUCAAGACUACGUUCACCGCUAGUCAGUCGGAGAUCUCAACCCCGAACGUCGACUUGGUCUUCGAUGGCUUGGAUACCUUUGCAACAGUGACUCUCAACGGUCACAAAAUUCUAGAGACGGACAAUCAGUUCGUUGCGCAUCGGGUUCCAGUGAAGCAAUAUAUCAGUGAGGGUGCCAACGAGCUGCUCAUCACCUUCGCUAGUGCUUUCCGAAAGGGAAGAGAAGUUGAAAAGGCUCACAAGAAGUACAGCCUCUGGAACGGGGACUCCAGCCGUCUUCACGUCCGUAAGGCUCAGUACAACUAUGGCUGGGACUGGGGUCCGGUCCUCAUGACUGCUGGGCCCUGGAAGCCCAUCAAGCUCGAAGCCUACACCGCCCGCAUCUCCGACGUGGACAUCCGCGCGCGAGUGGCCGAGGACCUCUCCGCGACGCUCGAGGUCAACUUCGCGCUCUCGCGGGAGGACCACAGCAUCGCGUCCGUGAGCCUCCGUGCCGCGGACGGCAGCCUUGUCUCUGGCCAGAACAGCGUGCGGAUCGCGCAGUCGGGGGCGCAGGCGACGUUCAAGAUGUCCGCGGGGACGUACGAGCUGUGGUACCCCGUGGGGUACGGCAAGCAGCCGCUCUAUACGGUGGAGAUCACCGUCGCAGACCAGCAUGGUAAUCAAUUGGACCAGACGGCCCAGAAGGUCGCCUUCCGUCGCGCGAGGAUAGUCCAGGAUCCACUCAUCGAUCAGGAAGGCCGGACGUUCCUCUUCGAGAUCAACAAUAUCAGACUAUUCUCCGGAGGCUCGAACUGGAUCCCGGCAGAUUCCUUCCUCACCACGAUGACCCGUGAGCGGUACCGGGCGUGGCUCCAGCUUCUCGUCGACGGAAACCAGAACAUGGUGCGCGUCUGGGGCGGCGGGAUCUACGAAGCGGACGACUUCUACGACAUCUGUGACGAGCUCGGCAUCCUCGUCUGGCAGGACUUCAUGUUUGGUUGUGGACAGUACCCAGCAUAUGACUCGUUCACGAAGUCUGUCGAGAUCGAAGCAGAGCAGAAUGUCAAGAGACUGAGGCACCAUCCCUCCGUCGUCAUCUUCGCGGGCAACAACGAAGACUACCAAUUGGCAGAGUCCGACAAGCUGGACCUGGACUACAGCGAUGAGAAGUCGGACUUCCGCAAUUCGACCUUCCCCGCGCGCUACAUCUACGAACGCCUACUGCCGUCGGUCGUCGAGCGGCUGAGCGACAUCCAUUACCACCGCAGCUCGCCGUACAGCGGGUUCGGCAAGCCGACGACGGACAAGAACUACGGCGACCUCCACCAGUGGAACGUCUGGCAUGGCUCGCAGGAGCCUUGGCACAACUGGGACAUCCUCGCGGGACGGUUUGUGUCAGAAUUCGGGAUGGAAGCGUAUCCUGACAUCCGGACGGUCGACUACUGGCUCGGCGGAAACACCGCUGAGCGGUACCCACAGUCGAAGACGAUGAACAACCACAACAAGGCGGAUGGCUUCGAGAGGCGCCUGGAGCUGUACUUGGUCGAGAACUUCAAGCACUCGUUCGAGAUGGAAAGUUAUGUGUAUUACACGCAGGUCAUGCAGGCGGAGACACUGGGCUCGGCCUAUCGUCUGUGGAGAAGGAACUGGCGGGGUAAAGGAAGAGAAUACACGGCAGGUGCUCUCGUGUGGCAAAUCAAUGACUGCUGGCCGGUGACCUCCUGGGCCAUCGUCGACUACUUCCUGCGGCCCAAGCCCGCGUACUUCGCCAUCAAGCGCGAGCUGCAGCCGUUCACGGUCGGCAUGACGCGCAAGGACCGGACGACGUUCGCGGACGACCUGACCGCCGCGUUCCUCACCAUCGAGACCGUGCUGGAGAUCUGGGGCACGAACAGCACGCUGCAGGAAAAGCGCGCGGUGCUCGAGGUGACCGCGUUCGACCUGCACUCGGACUGGCGCGAGACGACCAAGCAGGACGUCGUCCUGGCGCCGAACGCGAGCACGGAGCUGUUCAAGGGCCUCCUCCCCGGCCAGCCCAAGCGCACGAAGCGCAGCGAAGAAGCGAAGACCAUCGUCGUCUCUGCACGCCUUCUGGACACCGCUGGCGCCGUCCUCGGCCGAUACUCCAACUGGCCCGAGCCGUUCAAGUACAUCAAUUUCCCCGAUAUUAAAGAGGUAGGGCUCAGUAUCGUGGUGGGUAAGGACGGCGAAUCCGUGGAACUGUCAACGAAGAAACCAAUCAAAGGGCUCGUGCUCGACGUCGAGGGGGACGCCGCGCAGUGGAGCGACCAGGCCAUCGACCUCGUGCCGGACGACCCGCAGGUCGUGAAAGCCGUGGGACUGAACGGGCGGAAGAUAAAGGCGAGAUUCCUCGGCGACGGGACGGCCUGAGCGUCUGCGGGCAACGAGGUGCGGGAGAUGUCAACGCAUAUGUAUUAGUAGGAACGUCAGUACGGCAAAUGAACUUGAUAGGAUUGCACACUGGCGCACGUAACGUCAUACCCAGCGAAUCGGGGAGAGCAGUAUAUGCUUAUUAGGAUCUCGGCGAGAGGGUGUACAUAAUAG